GACCAUUAGUAGAGCCUGUCCCGCCUCCCCGGGCCGGCUGCUGCACGUAUCUAUCUUGCUCAAUAUAUUUGUUCCCGUGUCGUGGAAUGUGUCCGCACCCGAAAGACCUUGAAAGUUGCCGCGCCUUGCCCGCUUCGCUUCGCUGCUGCGUGACUGGUUAAAAAACAAAUAUGGUGCCAAAGACAUCUCGCAAGGCCUCAGAAAACCUUUACGUGUAAUUGAGAUUUCGGCCAGGACUAGAAGCCAUUGCACGGUUCGCCGAACCGCUUGCUUACACCUCCGUGUUCCCUUACCUUCCCGAAAUGAUAUCCUCCUUCGGCGUCGAGAAGAAAGAAGUGGCAAAAUGGGCCGGCAUCACAAGCUCCGUCUUCUCCCUGGCACAGAGCUUAACGGCCGUGGCGUGGGGGAGGGCCUCCGACCGGUUAGGAAGGAAACCUGUGAUCAUGACCGGCCUCCUGUGUACCAUGAUCUGUUUCUUGGCAUGGGGUAUGUCGACGAGCUUAUCGAUGGCGAUCAUCGUUCGUGCCAUACAAGGCGCGAGCAAUGGAAAUGUCGGGAUUAUCAGGACAAUGGUCGCGGAGAUGGUGACCGAAAGGGAACUUCAGCCCAAGGCCUUCUCCGUCAUGCCGCUCGUUUGGAGUGUCGGGUCGGUAUUUGGCCCAGCGUUCGGCGGGAUGUUCGCCAAACCAGCGGAAAACUGGCCGGGCCUCUUCGGUAACAGCGAGUUCUUCAAAAAGUACCCGUUCGCCUUUCCCAACAUCAUCGGCUCUCUCUUCUUCCUCAUCUCCCUCGCGACCGGCGUCCUCUUCCUCAAGGAGACCCUGCACAGAAAACGCCACGCGCGAGACUGGGGCCUCGUCCUCGGCGAGCGCAUCGCCGAGGUGUUCAGGGAGAAGCCUCACCGAGGGGCGCAGCGCCUCCGCCGCUAUUCGCUGCAGGAUGCCGAGGCCUCGGCGCCGCUGCUGACCGCCGGCGCGCCGCCCAAGUCGGCGGCGAGAGUCGCCGUCGUCGAGACUCCGAUCGAGAAAGCCAAGCCCCUCCCGAUGAGCGCCGUCUUCACGCGCCAGAGCGUCGUCAACCUCGUCGCGUACACGUUCCUGGCGCUGCACUCGGUCGCCUUCGACCAGGUCCUGGCCGUGUUCCUCAACUACCCGCCGCAGGAGCACACGCCCGAGAACACGUCGCUGCCGUUCGUGUUCAGCGGCGGGUUCGGGCUGACGCACGCGCGGAUCGGCAGCAUCUUCGCCUUCUACGGGAUCGUGUCAGGGCUGAUCCAGUUCCUGCUGUUCCCGCCGCUGUGCGCGCGGUUCGGCGUGCUGCGGUGCUUCCAGGCGUGCCUGGUGACGUUCCCGGUCGUGUACGCGGCGACGCCGUACACGGUGCUGCUCGGCGGCGCGGGCGCGCGGCUCGCCGCGCUCGCGGCCGUGCUCGUCGUCAAGAGCUUCGCCGUCAUCGUCGGCUUCCCCUGCACCACCAUCCUGCUGACCAACAGCGCGGCCAGCCUCGACGUGCUCGGCACGCUCAACGGCUUCGCCACCACCUUCAGCGCCCUCGGCCGCGCCGGCGGCCCCGCCCUCGCCGGCGCCGCCUUCACCUGGGGCGUCAAGCACGACGUCGUCGGCCUGCCCUGGUGGCUCCUCGCCGCCAUCUCCGCCCUCGGCGCCGUCCCCGCCUGGUUCAUCGUCGAGGGCGACGGGCCGCGCGGCGCGGCCGAGGACGACGAGGCGGAGGAUGAGAAUCUGGACGAGUUUCAGGAUGAGCUGGACGCGGCCGACGACGCUGACGACGAGAGCGACGACCUCAGCGAGGCCGAAGACGAAGACGAAGACGGGGCGCGGAGGCGCGGCGCGCUGGGCGACGCGGACGGCGUGAUCGAGGGGGUGCGGCCGCCGCGGCGCGCGGGUAGCGGCAGCGCCGGUGGGAGCAGCUCGCCGGGCAAGAGCGCGAAGAAGCGCGGCGGCAGCGCGAGCACGCAGUACGGGACGAUAGGGAAGACGCGAUGAGCCGGGGGGUAAAAGUUCAGAUAGAGAGAGA